AUGUCACAUACGCACCUACCGCAGGAAAUGUCACGGAAAUGUGGUCUAGUCUCGCUCGCCGAUGAACUCAUAUCAAAGAUUGUUCGAGCGGAUCUCAGCGACCACCUGGUCUUCUACCGACGACACGCAGUCCCAGCCAAUAUCUGGAACGCCAUAUACAGCAUACAGCGAUCUGACUUCCGUCCGUUGGCGGGUUGCCUCUCGCGUGCAUCGCCGCAUAGACGUAAACUCAGUGAUCAAGCAUGCGUGUGCUCGCUGCGCGAAUCGGAGAUACCAGGACAUCGCGCUCCGAUCCUGUUCUCGCUGUCGCAGGUCUCCCGGGCGUUCCGCAAUCUCCUGUUGCGCGACUGGAAUUUAUGGCUCGGAGUGAUGUUACUGCGCCCGGCGUGGAUACCACUCAUUGUCGAACGAGUGCCGUCGUCUGCGCUGUUCGACUUCACGCGCGCGCACGGGAUAUGCCAGCACGUCAUCGGUCUGGUCUACCCAUACCUCUCGAGGGCUCGAGCUAUCGAUAUCGUCCUUCCUUCAUGUACCACAGAUCAGCCCACAAUAUCUACUGCCGCCUAUCUAGCGACCCGUUUGAUCCAUGCCGACCAUCUCACCACUAUCAAGAUGCGCUCCGACGCCAGUGGCCCAGCCGUGCAAUGUGCUCAUACAAUCGUUGAAUUGCGCUGUCUUCAGGAGGUCUAUCUAUUCAACAGCGACGUCGCCUUUGUCGGUCCACAAGUUCGGGAACUCAGUAUGAUCAACGAAGGCAAUCCGGGGACGCAAUGGCGCCUUGGUACCUUGCUUAGUGCGCUCGCUAUCUGUCGCGCCGCGGAAUACCUGCGAUUGCAGUGCGUUCUGCGCAGCGACAUCGACGAGCGACCUUGGGAAUGGCCCGUAGAUUUGAGGCCUACUCCGAGAUCCUUUCCGAAGCUGCAGAAGCUGAUAUGUCACGGCACGCGGAUGGAGCCUCUCGCCCUUCUAUAUGGGUUGGAUGUGCCCGACACCGUCGAGAUCCACUGGGACAUGGCGGCGCGGCUGGUCAAGGACACCUUUUGGCAUGGGGACGAACCGCUCCGUUUGCCUACACUGGGCUUUGUCGCGCCGGCACGUGCGCGAGAGCUGGUGGACAGGGCAUGGGAAGCAUACCACGACGAAGUACUAGCUGGACUGCUCCAUGCAGAAUUUGCCCCUGUCAUGAACGAUAUGGACGAGACGGCGGGCUUGCCCGACGGCUGGAGCGUCGCAUAUCCGCGCACCACGGUUUUGGGAAUUGGUGACUGCGAUCUAGAUGACUUCAUGUACGGCCAUCUUGUAGAGACCCAGCCUGACCGCGAGUGCGACGAUGAGAUCUACAGCAUUAUCGGCAUCGGAAUCGGCGCAAGGAACAUAUCGCGGGUUGACUACCCCGAUGCCCCCUCUAUCCCAGACUACGUGACCCUCGUCGCUGCGGCGCAGCUGGCAGAUGUUCUCGACUCCCUCGAGUAUUCGCCGUCCAAUCGGCCCGGCUCUGCGAGCCGCUGUCGGUCUCUUACCUUGCAUCACGUCGCGACGGAGCACGAGUAUGUCAGAGGGCCCGUCGACGUAAUGGGCAACUUGGUUGCCACCUACGCCCAAUGUUGUCGAGCCGCCGCUGUCGAGCAGCUCGUCAUCGGAUCCUCACCAUCGGUGGAGGUUAACUGCGACUGGUAUUGGCUCGAGCUACUUCCGAACCUCCGCCGCGUUGACAUCGAGGUCUCAAUCACAGCGAGAGGCCUGCUCGCACUGGCUGAAAAUCUACAGUACUACGGGGUUGGCACGAAGUUGGCGCUUGUCAGUGUCGGCAGAGUGACGAGGCUCGCCGAAGCACGCUUCUCUCACACCAGCGCAUUACUGGAGCGCCUGUCGGCGAUCGUGGGGGAUCGACCGCACUUUGAAUGGGAAUUCCGGGAGAGUAGUUGA